AUGGACAUCUCCGCUAAAGAAAUCUCGAUUUUAAAGCCCAUUUUUGAUGGGAUAAGAGAUAAGGAUGAACCGUAUAAAAUUGUAUGGAUCCCAAUAGUGGAGCAUUGGACCGAUGACAUGCAAGCGAAGUUCGAGAUGUUGCAGUCCAACAUGCCGUGGUACAUAUUGCAGCCUUUUCCACCGACAGUUGACAUCCAGGUCAUGAAGAAUGAAUAUUGCAGCUUAAAGAAUAAGCCUAUCGUCGUGGUGAUAAACCCACAAGGGGAGGUAGAGCAUCCAAAUGCUCUCCGCAUGAUUCGGCUAUUCGGAAUGAAGGCCUUUCCUUUCACGGCGGAAGCUAAAAAAGCGAUAAUGCCUGAAGGAUUGCGUCUUCAAUUUAGGGCGAAUGUGAGCAUGAAAGAGAGUGGCCCGAGGCAGGAUGACAAGAAUUACACUUUCAAGUGCUAUGGAAUUGCCAACACCUUGGAGGCAGAGUUUACUCAUCAUUUAAAUAUAAUUAGUCGGUAUCUGGCUUCAAAUAGUGAUCCGGACAUUCGGAUAAAUAUGAAUUUGAUUGAACAAAGUAACAGUACUGGACGGGUUGUGCUCUGCAAAGGUACUCAUGGCGAGAUAGUAGUUGGUGAUCAGGGGACAAAAAUUCUGAAUGUCUUGGAAAAUUUUGAGCAGUGGAAAGCAGAUGUGAACGAUUUUGGCUUCGAUCAUUCUUUCAUGCUUUGCUACCGACGGCUUUAA